AUGGUGAAGCAAUACGCUGUGCCGCUUGACCCUGAGAUCUAUGCCGCUGAUCCCGGAUACACAUCCCUUUUUGAUCCUUAUAUUCACAAGCAAACAGAGAUAGCCGAUCAUGCUUCGGUCCAAUUGCACAUAGACUUGAAUGGAGUUGAUGGUGUUGGAUCAAAGUUUGGCAAUCUCAACGCGCAUGCUGGAAACUUCACUUCUUUGUGUGCGCCAAAUUGUCUACCUGAAAGAUUUGCUCUUGUGGCAUACACUGUUGAAUAUGCAUUUCUUCACGACGACGAAACAGAUAAUGCAGCAGAUCAUGACGCGUUGUUACUUGAAAACAAAAUGCUGCAUCAAGCACUGACCCAGAGUGGUAUGACCUCUGUGUCAACUAGAGUGUCAGAAAAAGCACAACGCAAGUCGGAAGUCCAAGCAAAGAUUGCAGCAGAGUAUUUGCGUUUAGAUCCAGUCUUUGGUGAAUGGUUUAUCUCGCGAUGGGAGACAUUCACCAAAUCAGUGGAAGACGUCAGAAGUACCGAGUUUGCUAGUCUAGAUGAGUACCUUGCAUUCCGGAUCGUCGAUGCCGCAGCAGACUGGACACUGUAUAAUUUCCGAUGGGGCUCAGGAAUCACACUGACCGAAGAAGAAGAGAAGAUUGCUGACCCCAUGAGCUACAUGGCUUAUGCCGAACUAUGCCUUGUCAAUGAUCUAUUCUCAUGGGAAAAGGAAUAUGCAUCUCACCUCAAAAGCGGCGGAGACGUACCCUUGGUCAAUGCUGUUCAUAUUGUCGCUGUCAAUCAAGGUCUAACGCAUUCCGCCGCAAAGGCAGUCAUAAUGGCCGAGAUUCGAGCCCACGAAGAAAGAUUCUGUCACUUGAAAGAGCAAUACAAGUCGACUUGUAAUCCAUCAAGAUCAGUGCUUGACUGGUUAACAUUGCUGGAACACUCGAUGGCUGGCAAUUGGGUUUGGAGUCUUCGCGUUCCACGCUACUGGAAAACUGAGCGCAAUCCAUACAAGGAUCACCUCGAAACUUUUGGCACUCAUCGUGUCCGUGUUCUUGCGCCUCCAGAGCAAUUCUUUGACCCCAAAACCGAUACUAACACUGUCACAACAAUUCGCUCUGUGGACAGUAAAAAGCAAACACUUGAAGAUGACGCCUUGAUGAAGUUUGCAUCGAACGGAUAUUCGAUGACCGAGGGACGUGAUUUACACUGGAGUUACCACACGCACAUACCGACUCCAUCACAGUACAUUGAGAUGGUUGACGGCAAGACUGGCGGCCUAUUCCGUCUUAUAAGCCGUCUGAUGAAGUCAGAGGCUACAAUCAAUCGUGAUCUUGAUUUAGGUCAAUUGACCACCCUUCUUGGGCGAUAUUUCCAGAUCCGCGAUGACUACCAGAACCUCAAAAGUGCCGAGUACACCACGCAAAAGGGCUUCUGUGAUGAUCUUGACGAGGGAAAGCUCUCAUUCCCCAUCAUCCUGUCAAUGCAAAUGCCAGGGUUCUCAAACACAGCUCUAUCGAGCAUCUUCAGAAGCUGUCAACACGGCCAAACCCUUGCGCCUCAAAUGAAGCAAUAUAUUCUGGAAGAGAUCGCCGCACGAGGCGCAUUCUCGCAGACAAAGACUGUCUUGAAAAGACUGCAUCUCGAGCUACUUCGUCUACUGAUGGAGACGGAAAAAGAAGCUGGUGACAGGGAGAACUGGACUCUGCGGUUGCUGAUAAUGAAACUUGAAAUAAACGACGAGGAGAAGAGUGAAAAGAAGGUGAUCAGUGAUUCUGAGACCGCUUGGAAGAACAAUCAACAACUCGGUUGGGCAGGCACUCAGGCGAAUGGACGUCCAAUUGACAAGGCAUGCUUCCUUCGAGCUCUGGAAGCCUCUUGA